AUGGGUUACUUGGAAAGACAAUAUGAUGAUAUUCUUGCUGAAGAAUCUAGAAUUAAACGUAAUCCAAGAUUCAGAGAUAACAGAGUUCAUGCACUUCUUUAUUUCAUAACUCCAACAGGUCAUUCUCUUCGAGAAAUUGAUAUUGAACUCAUGAAAAGACUUAGUCCACGUGUAAAUGUGAUCCCAGUUAUUGGUAAAGCUGAUACUUGUACACCGGAUGAAUUGUCAGAUUUUAAAAAAAGGAUAAUGGAAGAUAUUGAUCAUUAUAACAUUCCUAUUUAUAAUUUUCCUUAUGAUAUCGAGGAAGAUGAUGAAGAUACUGUUGAAGAAAAUAGUGAAUUAAGGGCACUUUUACCAUUUGCUAUUAUUGGAAGUGAGGAGGAUAUUAUUGUUAAUGGAAAACCUGUUCGUGGAAGACAAUAUCCUUGGGGUGUUGUUGAAGUUGAUAAUCCACAACAUUCAGAUUUUGCAAGAUUGAGAUCAGCAUUAUUAAGUCGAAGCGAAGAUAACUCUGAUAAUGAAGAACAAAGUAGUAAUUUGCCUGAUGAUCUUGCCACUCAAAGCGUACGUUUGAAGGAAGAACAAUUGAAACGUGAAGAAGAGAAGUUGAGAGAAAUUGAAUUAAAAGUACAACGUGAAAUCACUGAAAAGAGACAAGAGUUAUUGGCAAAAGAAGAAGCAUUAAGAAGUUUGGAAGCACGUUUAGCUCAAUCUAAUAAUCAAAAUUAA